AUGCUAGAUGACUUUCGUCUUGAGUGGCUUUGUCGUCGAACAUGUCAAAUGUUAAAUAUUGAUAGAUCAAUAUUUAUCGAUAUGUUAGAACGAAAUAAUGGUUUUAAUGAAGAUCUAAUUGAUAAAUUUCUUACUAUGAAUACAGAUUUACAUGAAAGAUCAUAUGCAUUAAUAUUUCAUCGUGAAGAUUCAAAACGAGAUGUUUGGCAAAUGAUUGAGACUAUUGAUGAAGAAGAAUUAGAUGAUUUUGUUGAUGAUGAAAUCGAUCAACAAUUGAUUUUAAAUGUCAAUGAACCAAUUAAUAUAGAAACCGAGUAUUCAAUUGAUUAUGUUAUUAAUCAUGCACGUUUAUUAUCUGGUGAUACAAUUGAUUCUUCAUAUGAAUAUCUAAAAAAUAUUCAACGUCUUUUAGUUAUUAAUCAAUAUGAUAAUAAAAAUUAUUAUUUUGAAUUAAAAUCAUUUCAUCAAAUACAUCUUUAUUGUGAAUAUUAUCAUUAUUAUAAUUUAAUAAAAAAAACAUUUAUUUAUUUUAUUCGAACAGAUAUUAAACAAUAUUUAAUUCAAUCAUCAACAUUUGAUGAAAUGAAUUUAAUUAUGAAUGAAAAUAUAAUUUAUGGAAUUAUUCCUGAAGAACAACCACCACUUGUGUCACUUGUAGAAAUUUUAUCUUUUAUUUAUAAUCAUAUUUUACCAUCAAUAAAUGAACAAUCAUUAAAAAAUGGAUUAAUAUCUCCAUCAAUUGAAGAACCAUCUCAACGUGAUCAAUUGCAUUUAGGUUUAAAUCGUUUUCGUUUACAUAUUAAAUCAACUUUACGUCAAAUGCAAGGUGAAUUUAAUUUAACUAUUCCAAAUAAAAAUUUCUUAAUUAAUGGAGAUGAAACAGAUGAAGAAUAUAUUGAAAAUCUUGAAUAUCUUGUUUAUAAUUGGGAAAGAAUAUUACAUGAAGAAAUGAAUAAUGAAUUAAAUAAACGAGUAUUAAAUUCAAGUCCACUUGCUGAAUUAGAAUUUUGGCAUGAACGAUCUAUUCGAAUAACAUCAAUUUUAGAACAAAUGAAAAAAGAUGAUGUCAUGAAAAUUAUUCAUAUUUUAAAAGGUAUUGAUAGUCCUUCAUUAUCAGGAUUUAAUAAUAUAAAAUUACAACUUCAAAGUUAUCUAUUAGAAGCAACAGAUAAUUAUAAAUUUUUAUUAACAAUUGAAAGACAUUUAAAAACUUUACAAAUGACUAAAUCAUUUCAAACUAUUAUCAAUAUGUUACCUAAUUUAAUGCAAGGUUUAAAAACAAUAUGGACAAUGUCAAAAUAUUAUAAUAAAGAUGAACGUUUUGUUCCAUUAAUGGAAAAAAUUGCUAAUGAAAUUGUUAACCGUGUACGACAAACAAUUGAUAUAAAAAUUCUACUUUCAUCAUAUACAUUAAAUGAAGCGAAAAAUCUUUGUUAUCAAGCAAAACAAUUAUUAUUACAAUGGAAAAUUGAAUAUCAAAAUACUCGAAAUAAACUAGAAAAUGAUAAACGUCGUUUUUUAACAUGGAAUUUUGAACAUCGUAUACUUUUUGAUAAAACAGAUUAUAUGUCACAAAUAUGUGAUGAUUUAAUUCAAAUGUUAUCAAAUUUAAAUGAAUUUUAUGAUAUAUUUGGAUUAGAAAUGAAAAUUGUAACAGGUGAUGAACAAAUGGUUGAUCGUGUACUUGAACAUGUAUCUAAUUUAAAAAAUAAUUUUCUUUCAUGUCAUUUUGAUAUAUUUAAUCGUGAAAAUUCUCAACAAUGGUAUGAAUUUAUUGAAGAAUUUAAAUAUCGUUCAUCAAUUAUUGAACAAGAAGCAAAAAUUUUUAUACAUACUUCAUUUACUCAACUUCGUUCAUCUGAAACUGCAUUUGAUAUGCUUAUUAGAUUUCAAAAAAUUGAUACAACUCAUGUUUUAGCAUAUGAAAUGAUUCAACAAUUUACUGCUAUUCUUUUACAAUAUUGUAAAGAAAUUGAUGGAAUUUAUGAUCUUUUUAUUAAAUAUAAAGAUAAUCCACCCAUAUUUAAAGAUAAAGGAAAUUUGUUCCAUUCACAGUCAUAA